AACACAGUUUAAGCAUAGACGACUUAAUAGCCAAUUUUUAUAUUCACUUAAAAAAAACAACAAAAGAAAAAUACAACACAGAAAAACAUCAAAACAAACACAACUAAAACUCUAAACUCCUAUUCUGAGUUCCAGGGUAAGCAUGCUUAACCAUGGAGUUCUUAUGGAUUAGGCUACCGAAAACCAAAUGCAUUUGUUGAUGAGUAGCCAAAUCAAUUCCUUUAAGCUAUCCUUCAACUGUAUAGUCCCAUUCCUAUAUGGUCUCUAGAACCCUCUUAUUUCGGUGUAUGUUCGAUUCGUCCAUGUGUCCCUUCUACUGGAAGCCUGCCAAGAGCUGCACUCUGUGCCUCUCUUAUGCGACCACUCCCCGCCCUUGUCAGUGCCCGAAUAUUCAAAUGUCACAUCCCUAAACCUCUGAACAUUCCUCUUGUUCAAAACUUAUUAUCACAUUCCCUCUCGUUCCCUCUCAUCUCUAAUUUUUCGUCACUCCUCCCUCCGAACACUCCGAGAACACUCCUCCGUACCCGUGCUUUCACCAGCUCCAUUGCACCACUUCUGUUUUUUGAGUUUUUGCAUUUCCAAAACCCUAAUCACGAAUUCACAUUGAAAUCACAUCGGGGUGGUGAAGAGGUCAAUGUUUGGUGGCAGAGAGGAGGACGCGUUGGCGGCGCGGCUUGGCAUGGUGACACCAUCGCUGAUGAACCCUGCAACGUCAUUGGUGAUAUCCAGGGAGGUAUCAACAGCGGUGAGGGAGGAGAGGGGACCCGCACAGCCGCAGUGGAGUCAUUAGGAGACAUGGGAGUUCAUGCGAUACGGGCAGAGCUAGAGAGGGACUUCACUGCGGCCAAGUGGAACAAGACGCUCAGGGAAGUGGUGAGUUCGAAGAUGAGGGAGAGAGGGUUCAGGAGGAGCCCCGAACAGUGCAAAUGCAAGUGGAAGAACCUCAUUAAUUGCUAUAUGCCUCUUUAUCUGAAGCAUUGGACUGAGGGAAUUAAAGGGGACAAGACAUCAGAAGAUGACGAAAUUAGCAAGCUCUUUUUUAAUGUUUUGAGUAUACAUCUACCCAAGGUAAUUGUUUGGCAUGUGCAUCAACUUAUGGUAAUCAUGAUGGUUGAUGAAAACUCACCUAGAUAUUUGUCUUGUUUACACUAUUAUGAAGUACAACUACAGGGAUUCUCACACUUGUUAAAUACCUCACUUAGUAUGAAGCAUUUGAUGUUUUAAUUAAACAUCUCAAUACA